AUGCAUGUAAUGAAGCACCGUCUUGAGAUUGCAUACUUGGUGCAGUCAGCAACUUGCUACAUGCGACUGACUCGACUACUCCAUCACGACUUCCCAUCACAUGACACGCACAAUCUACUUCUACUUCCGAUCCUUGGAGCCUUCCCAGAGCGGAGCCUCCUGCCCACUGGUUCUUCAUCACCAGUAACCACGCCCACCAGAGACAGCCCGAUACACCUUCUGUCACUGUUGCCACGCUUGAAGAUUUGCACUCAGGUUAGUUGUCCAGCCUUCCCCGCUUUCACCAAAUCUUCUUCUUCUAUUGAGCAACACUCCGCCUGCCCUAUUGAUGAUCCCAACUCUGACAACUACCACAGUACCCUCGCAAUGACUCGACUACCUCUACUUAGCCUCGGCAUAUUGCUCGCACUUUCGUCCUUUACACGGUCCGAGGACAAGAUCCGCGUCUACUCGUUCCCAGCCAAGAAUUGCGACGCACCGCCUCAGCUUGUCAACCUCGAUGUCAGCCGCAAUGAGUGUUUGAACCUGGCUAGUGGGUCUCAGAGCUUCAGACCAUUCGAGCUCCCGGACAAUGCUGAGUGGAUCAAUGACAUCAACAAUGGCACUGCAGUUUGUAACCUUGUUGCACACUCUACUCGCGGCUGUAUGGAUAAGACUGCGCUUGGACGACUCUCUCUGCCUCGAGGACUCCAACAGUGCCUCACCUAUGAUGCAAAUGCUCCAGCACUUUCGAUCCACUUUGAUUGCGUCUCUGUACCCCAUUCAACUCCGAAGACCAAAACAAAAACUGCGCUCUUGGUCUCGUGGAGUGUCGACACAGACAAGAAAGCAACCCCCCAAGAGAAGACAUCGACGACGACGAAGACUAUCGCGAUAUCCCAGGAGCCUGUUAGUGAGACAUCAACCACAAUCAGUACUAUCAAAAUAUUCCAGAAGCCUGACAUUACGACAUCUACCAAAACGAAUACCAUCCUGAUCCAGCCGGUCGUAAGUACGAUAUCGACCAAAACGAGCACUAUCGUGGUCUCUCAGGAACCCUCUACCAAGAUAUCAACCAAAACCAGUAUUCUCGUAAUUCCGCAGGAGCCCACUACUACCAUCUCAACCAAGACUAGCGUCGUCCUGAUUCCCCAAGAUCCCGCUACUGAGACGUCAACGAGGACCAAUGCCCUCCUCAUUCCCCUGAAGCCCGUGAGUACGACAUCGACCAGAACAAAUACCGUCUUGGCUUCUCUGCAACUAGUAAGUACGACAUCGACCAGUACGAACACCGUCUUGAUCUCGCUGGAGCCCGCGAGCACGACAUCAACCAGAACAAAUACCUUCUUGAUCUCCCCGAAGCUCGCUAGUCGCAAUGCAGAAGCAACUCCCAGUCAAUUUGGGCCGAGCCCCGAGAACAACCACAAGGGUCGCUGGAUGUUUCAUCCCUGGAGCCGUUCACUCAUCUGCUACGACUGCUAUACGUACAAGACAGACGACUUCACCAAGUUUGAUUGCCGUAGCGGUCCCAAAAACCCCAUGAACUGUGGCCCAAAACAUGGGCGUAUAAACGACUUCACAUCAACCCUCACCAGAGAAGUCACUACUACUGUCGUUUCACCCACUUACACGUUUAUGAAAGUUGCUACACCUAUCGUGGAAGUCGCCGUGCCUACUGUUGAAGUCGCCGUGCCUAUCGUGGAAGUUGCCACAUCUACCAUGGAUACAGACCUUUCGGUCUUUUCGGUCUUUGUCCUUUCUGGCCCUUCUUCUUCCUCCUCUGCGGCAGCACAAGUGGCCGAAGAUGACACUGACUUCGGUGAAGGCGACAUUGGAAUGGCUGAUGGAGACAUCGAGAAGCGCUCCUGGCAUCUCCGCGUUCGAUUUAUGCACCCCUACUUGGCUGGUGUACCAGUCUGCGCCGACGCCGAGUGGGAGAAGCGAGGCAAGCCCGAGACCGAAAUCAGACUCCAGAAGAUCACAACCGAUAUGAAGAAGUGCGAUGGGGAUUCCAACACUCACGACAUCGACAUCCCACAAGAUGUCGUGUCCAUUGUGACGAAGACGGUGACCAAACCCAGUGUCUCGGUUGUCGAGAGCACCAUCACCCUGGCUUCCCUUGACGAUGUUGAUGUUUUUGUCAAUGAACAGGUGGAGGCGGGAAUUUCCGAUGCUGUCCCGUCUCACGUAGACUUGUAA